AUGAAUCCACACAGGCAGUUCUGUGCUCAGCCGGUCCAGUCUCAGGCGUCUUCUGCAGAAAUAGGGGAAAACGCUUAUGGAGCCCGCAUUAACAUCAGCCACACGGCCAACCUGCGCCUGUCCAGCCUGCAUGUGAAGGACAACUCUGACAUCAGAAUCGUGUGUAGCAGUGAGGACCGUCUCCGUCUGCAAAGACUCUGCAACGUCAGCGCCCCGUUCAUGAGAGCCAAGUCUAAGGUGUAUUUCCGGCUGGAGUUCGAGUUCAGUCGCUCUGUUGUUCUGGACCAUCUGCACAUCUUCCUGGAGGCCAGCAGCGAUGGAGAGGACGUGUCCACAGCCGAUAAUUACAACGACAUGUACUACUUCUUACAGUACGAGGCCGAUCUGCUGUUCACACGAAGUUCUAAUCCCACUCGCUAUGAGAUCAAGUCGGACCUCUCUCUGGAGGACUCUGGAGUCAUGGGCCCGCCCUUUAACUUCACUUUUCAGGUCCAGAACCUGGGCUACUUCCCCGUCAGAGACCUCCAGCUGAACAUUGAGAUCCCAGAGAUGACCCGCAACGGAAACCAGAUCCUGCAGAUCCACCACUUCAGCAUAGACCAGAGAGACGGGACGUUGUGUUUGCCCCCGCAGCAUGUGGCCCAGAGCCGAGCGGCUGCAGAGGACCUGUCCCGCUACACACGCCUGAACCGCUCCAACACUCUGCCCGUGCCGCUGCAGUGCUCUCUGAACGUGGCGUCGUACUCAAACAUCGCGGUGCGCAUCAGUGGCGCUCUGCGAGUGGACACACUGCACGCGCUGAGGUUCAGGACCGUGGAGGUGGUCAGCAGCGCCUGGGUCCAGCUUCCGCAGUCCAGCGCCAUGUUCCUGCAGGAGGAGCGGCCGCUGAGACACAUUGUGUUGGAGAUCCGGAAAGCGGGCGAUUCCCGAGUCCCCACAUGGAUCAUCGUGGGCAGCACUUUGGGAGGACUGCUGCUGCUCGCUCUGCUCAUCCUAGCUUUGUGGAAGCUGGGAUUCUUCCGGAGACAGAAGCAGCGCGAUGAAGACCAGCCCAUGGGGAAAGUGUCGGAGGAGGAGCGAUCUUUCUCUGCUCGCAAAUAUGUGAAACGCAAACAGGAGGAUUCUGGGGAAGAAGCCCGGAGCAGAGUUCAGAAAACAGAAGAGGCACAAACCUGGCUCGACGCAGCGGAGCGGUACAUUCUGAGUGUUUUGGAUGGAACGGAUCUUCCAAUCUCAGCGAGCACUCAAGUCCCUUUUACUGAUGGGAACGCGUCAUUAGCAGCUCAGUUACACCUCACUUCCAGCGACGAGGAAGUAGAGAAAAAACCGGAAGAAUCGGCGUUUCACUGUGACAAAAGCAAACCAAGCUGUGACAUCUCCGGAAAAGGACACGAGACCAGUCUAUGUGACCACAAACAGACAUGUGGGCUGGAGGUUUCCCAACAAGCACUCACCGGGGACAGUGACCUUAAGGUUCACAAAGGCAAGAGGGGCUGUUUCUGUGAGAUCUGCAAGAAUGACCUCAAGUUCAACUCAGAACCUCGGGUCAUGUUUUCUGAUGAGAACGAGUCAUUAGCAGCUCAGCUCCAGGUCAGUUCAAGUGAAGAGGAAGAAGAGGAAGAAGAGGAGGGACCUGGAGACUCUGGGGAGCAGCAGACUGGUGAUGUCGCAGGGCAGUACAUUCUGAGGACCAUGGACGGACCUGACCUGGGAACAGAACCGGACUCCGCAAUCUCAGCGAGCACUCAAGUCCCUUUUACUGAUGGGAACGCGUCAUUAGCAGCUCAGUUACACCUCACUUCCAGCGACGAGGAAGUAGAGAAAAAAACGGAAGAAUCUGCAUUUCACUGCGACAAAAGCAAACCAAGCUGUGACAUCUCCGGAGAAGGACACAGUCUAUGUGACCACAAACAGACAUGUGGACAGGAGGUUUCCCAACAAGCACUCACCGGGGACAGUGACCUUAAGAUUCACAAAGGCAAGAGGGGCUGUUUCUGUGAGAUCUGCAAGAAAGACCUCAAGUUCAACUGUCACUUAAAGAAACACAAGAUGACUCACUCUGUAGAAAGGCCUUAUUCCUGUGACAGUUGCGAGAAGAGGUACUCCCAAAGGUCCCAUCUGAAGAGACACAUGAAGACUCACAAAAGAGAAAACCCCUUUUCCUGCCUUGGCUCUGGAAGAUCUUUCUCUGCUUGUAAAUAUGUGAAACGCAAACAGGAAGAUUCUGGGGAAGAAUGCCGGAGCAGAGUUCAGAAAACAGAGGAGUCACAAACCUGGCUCGAAGCAACGGAUCUUCCUAUCUCAGCGAGCGCUCAAGUCCCCUUUACUGAUGGGAACGAGUCAUUAGCAGCUCUUUUACACCUCACUUCCAACGACGAGGAAGUGGAGAAAAAACUUGAAGAAUCUACAUUUCUCUGCGACAAAAGCAAAGAGCUGAAGCACUGCUGUGACAUGACCGGAGAAGGACACAAACCCGAGUCCAGUCUUCGUGACCACAAACAGACAUGUGGGCUGGAGGUUUCCCAACGAGCACUCAGCGGGGACAGCGACCUUAAGAUUCUCAAACGCAAGAGGUGGAUGAAGUCGCCCAGAGCAGUGGUCAGAGUUCUGUGA